GAAGUGGUGGGGGUGGGACUAACUGAAGUCCAUCCAGGAAGCGUUUUGCUGAAUACUUUCAGUUGCCAUCGAGAUAUCACGAUGAGAUAGCAGUAAUGUGAUAGUUCUGUGUAAUACAAUAUGGCAGUUUUUAGAAAAAACUAAACACAUUUGGCAACGUUAAUCCUGUGGGUUUUUUUCGGAGUUCGUUUUCAUGGCAUAGUUAGACAAAUAGCCAUGUUUAUCGUCAACCUUGUUGCAGAAUGGAUCAAUAGUAUAUGCAGAAUAAGCGUUAUUUUGGACCAUCUGCUGUCUAAUCCAACAACUGUGUGGUUUAAUUUACCACUGAGCUAACCCCAGCAGUAAACUCAUUUUAAAUAAUGUCGAAACUAGUGGGCACUGCGGGGGUCUCUGUGUUGGGCGACAAAUCUUUGGAGUUUUACCGAGAUCCAGUGGCUUUUUGUCAACAACGUAUUGAAAAGCAUGGGACACGGAUAUUUCAAUCAAGACUUCUGAACAAACCAACUUCCUUCGUCUGUUCGGUGGAAGGGAUGAAGGAAUUACUUUGCGAGAAGUCAUCUGUGUUCCUGAAAGACCCCACUGAUGUAAUGCACAACAUGUAUGGAGACAACAUAGUGACUGCUAAUGGCGAGGAAGCUUGCUUGCUGCGUCUGUCUCUCACCAACCUUUUCACAGGAAAGUGUCUGGCCUCAGGCUCUGACCUCAUUAACAGUGUUUCUGAACGGUGCUUGAAGGACCUUUCUGCAACUGGGGAGCCCGUGUCGGUGUACCCUCUGUUUAAACGACUGGGAACAGAACUGGUGUUGGGGCUGUUCCUGAAUGUGAACCCAGAUGAGACACCAGAGCUUUUCCAGGACAUUACAGCACUCUGUACCCUACACUGGCAUGGGAUCAUCUCAACUCCAGUCAGUGUGAAGGUUCCUCUGUGGUCCUCUGGCUUUUGCACAGCGCUGGAGGCUAAAGACAAGCUCAUGGACAUCAUUAAAGACAAGCUGGAGUGUCAGAGACAGGGGUUUGUAGGUUAUCUCUGUGAUCUACCUCUCCCUGAUGCCAGUUGUGCCUCCCAGCAUCUGCUGUUGUUCAUCUCUGCUCUGAUCCCCAAAGCCCUGGCAUCCUUACUCACCUCCUUCACCCUGGUUCUGAGUGGAGCAGGCAAGAAGGAAAUUAGGAAUCAUGCGAGGGCAGACCCUGAUUACCUUUACUACGUCCUCCUGGAAAUACAGAGACUUUGGCCUCCGUUCAUUGGUGGAAGGAGAAUAGCCAAUCAAGACACUACUCUGGGAGGCUUCCACAUUCCCAAGGGUUACGCUGCCAUGUACAUUAGCCACGCCAUCCACCGUGACCCGGAAGUGUUCCACCAGCCAGAGGACUUCCUGCCAGAGAGGUGGGGUGGAAGAAACGCAGGACAGGAGCACCUCCUCUGCAGCCUAGGCAACGGCCCCAGGAACUGCAUCGGAGUCCAGCUGAACAACGUCUUUCUCAAGGCAGCGUGUGGGUACCUGCUCCAGCACUAUGAUUGGGACCUGAGCCCCUACUCACAGGACCUCCAGUACAAAUGGUUGCCUGUGUCCCGGCCCACUGUCCCUCCAAUGCUUUCGCCGCUAAAUCUACUGCCCAGCCUUUCUGAACUACCUGGCUGAACAACACCUUAUCAUUUGAAGCUGUGGAAGAACAUUGCCCAAGAUCUACCAGAUCAUUUGUUUUGUUUAGUUUUUUAUUCAUCUUUGAGAUUCUCUUUGUAAUGAGUAAAAUAAAUGAUGCUGAUUUUGUACUUUUUUUAUGGUCAAUUUGCUGCCAAUGAUUGCAAUAUAGGUAAAUACUGCAGCCUUCAUUAGAUGACUACAGAUGACUGCUGCCUACUAUUUUAAGAUUGUUGUUGUUUAUAUGUGUGUUUAUUUAACCUUGGAAAAAAACUACUGUAUCACACUUUGGAUGCUUUAGGACUGUCUCUAUCACUGCACCGUUAGCCUGUCAUAUGACAGGGGUUUGAAACAGUUCUGCAGCACCAGAAGUCAAGGAAUGCCCUCAGAUUUCAGCAUUGCACCAAGGGCUCCUGAAAUGUUCCCCCUCUCACUCUCACUUAGCAACCAGAAGUGCUUAGCAACGGUUCGUCCUAGCUACUCAGAGGUACCUAGCCCAUGUUAUUGUCUGGCUGCUUAUUAUCAUGCAGCUCUCACCCUCACACAGACAGACAUCUUCACAUUAAACCUUUUGUUUAUUAUAGCGGAGGGAAUGGAAAUAUCUUAUGAAUGGCAAUGAAGUGCAAGCUUUUUUAGGUGAAUGUGAAUAUGUCAAUGGAUAUCUCAUAAUGUACAUGUUUUCUGAUUCAUUUUUUCUGGUCAAUAUUUACUCUGAAAUGAUAGCCAUUUUAGAGCACUCUUAAAGGUUAAAUAUUAGUACUAUCUAAUAUAUUUGAAUCCAUCUUUAUUAAAGAUUAUGAUAAACUGUGAAAAGAUGAUUAUGUAUCUGAUAAUUACGAUAGUAAUUGAGCUAUUUUUUCAUUAGACAGAUUGUGAUAAUAUAAUUCAUAACUUAUUUCUCCAGAUCAUGUAAUGUCCUCUGUAUUACCUGGAAACACAAUUCCAUCAGAUGUCAUAUUUUUUUAAAAUGUAAUGUUCAUUUUAAAAGUUCUAUCAAAUAUUUAUUAUGCAUUUACUAUGUACUGAUAUUUUGUAGGUAAUAAUGUUUCCACUAAGGUUUUUCUGUCAUUCACAAGUAGUAAAUCCCUAAGAAUGCAAGCUAUUUGAAUAUAGAAACUCUCACUUUCUUAAGAAAAACACUAGCACAACAGUAGUUCAGUCUUAGUUAGUGAACAAAUCUAUUAAAUGCAAGUUAUGCUGCUUAUCCUGGAUAAUGUUCCUAUAAAGUCUACAGGACACUAUUGUCCAGCGCUGCUACAGAUGUAGGAUCUUAAUUUGAGCCAGUUUGCUACAGCAAGAAAAUAAUCCUGCAGCAACAGGAAUUUUGUAUUAUUUUGUGGCUUUUAAUUAAGUUUUUUGUAGGGGUUGAUACAUUUUUCGUAAAAGGGAAAAUCUAGUCUGAAAUUUCAAAGUGGAAAUUACACAUUUCAGAAGCCUUUUUAAACCUCAAAUACACUACAAGUUUUACAUUUCCUGCAUUUCAGGAAAGUUCUCCUCGAACAGGGUUAUCAAAUUAAAAUCCUACAUGUGGACACUGCAUAAACCUGUUGUCAGCACACAUGAACACACUUUAAACAUUGCUUGCACUAUUACAGACAGGCUGGAGACAGAAGGUAAAUAGUAGCUGAUUUGUGUCAAUAGGAGUAAUGCAUGCUUGUUUUUCCAUUUAAGUUUCAUGUUGAAUAUAGAUGCAGGAAAUACAAACUUGUAGUGUGUUCAAGGCUUGAAAAGGCUUCUAAAGUCUAAUUUUCACUUUAAUAUAUCAGACUUGAUUUGCCCUAAUGAAAAAUGUAUUACACCCUACAAAAAAAUGUCUUAAUUAUAAUCCACAUAAUUAUUCACAUUUCCUGUUGCUAAAUGAUUAUUUGCCUGCUGUUGCAAACUGGGUCAAAUUAAGAUCCUUCAUCUGUAGUAUCGACAUUCUGGUCUAUGUGUGUGUUCUGUAUUUUUCCCUGUUUUGUGCAGAAUAAUUAAACCCAUUCCGUUUACCUUC